UUACUAUACAGGUACAUAAUAUAGUAUUGUUUUUUAUGUACGGUUUUUUUUUUAUCCUUCUCCCAAAUCACACAAGUCGUUCCCCCAAUAAUGUCAAUUAACCAAUGUUGUUAUUCUGAUUUCUGAUUAAGUAUUUUUUACUGUUAAUUUGUAAAUUUUUUUUAUUCGUUGUACUUGUACACAUUGUAGUCUAUGAUAGUUUCGUCGGAUGAUUUCCCAAUAGCUGCUGUGUAGUGUUAUCGUCGUCGUCGUUGUGAUCUUUAAAAUAUUAAGAAUUUUAUUUCUAAGCAGUCAAAAUGUUAUAUUAGUGUUUGUGUUUCGAAUUACAUUAUUGUACCGCUGGCAAUGGAUAGUAUUACAAAAAACGUAAAGGUAUAUUAUAGCUGAUUAAAAUGGCAUCCAGAGAUAAACAAUCACAAUAUGUGGAUGGUCGACGUACCUGUCCUCGGUACAGUGGACCCGCUUCCAGCAACGGUGACUAUGCUUAUGCAUAUUAUGAGCAUGGUCCUCAUGGGUCUAAACCACAUUCAUGUUCAAAACAUAGUUAUAUCAACCGAUAUGGACGUGAAGAGAACAUAUAUGAAGAGAUUGGAACAUCUAAACUUGAUGAAGAAGUUAGAUAUGUCCACUCAAAACAUUUACAGGUUUUGGAUGAAUUAAAUUUAUCAAUGGAAGCGAUGAUAAUGCCUGACAAUGGUGCAUGUUUAAACAAUAAUGGUUCAUCUGGCCUUAAUUUAGGAACUUCCAGAGAUGGUUCACCAGUAAAUUUGAGUGUAGAUAGUGGGGUUGCUUGUGAUGCUAGCAGUUGUGGAACAAAUAGUUUAAGCCGGCCUCGUAAAUCUCAUUUUAGCACAAAACGGUUUUGGAAUAAAAUGCCUACAUUAAUUUCACCAAGCCCAAGUAAAACAUCACUUCCAGAUGAGUCUGUGCGAUGGCGACAAAAUUCGUGGGAUGAAGUAACACAAUCAACCACUAUUAAUGAACGCCAUACUCCUUCACAAAAAAGUUCAAGUUCUGAUAGAGAUCCAGAACUUUCAUCAGAAGAAGAAAGUAACAAGAGUUAUGAUACUAGAAACAAUGUUUCUAAGACAUUAAGAUGGACUAAGAACCCUCCAUCUCCAGAUCCACCUUCUAGUCCUGGUUUAUUAUCGAGAUGGUUUUCAUUAAGAAGAUGCUCUCAAUAUGAUCUAGAUGUUCGACCAAAUAGUAAAAUGCCUCUAUUACCAGAGGUUGAAGAAGACUGUUUUUCUAGACGACUUAUUCCACCAAGUCUUCCACCAGCACCUCCUGAUAUUUCUGAACAAGAACUAAGACGUAGAUAUAUUGUUGAUGAUAUUGUGAGAAGUGAAAAUUCAUAUUUAGCUACUCUUCAUAGACUUGUGAAUGAUUAUAAAAAGCCUCUCGAACAAAGUAUGCCAUCAAUUUUAAGUCAGUCAAAAAUUUCAAUACUUUUUCAUCGAGUUCCAGAGAUACUUCAGUGCCAUACACUAUUUAGAAUAGCGUUAGCGGAAGCUGUUGCAAAUUGGGAUCGUGAUCAUAGAAUUGGUGAUGUUUUUGUAGGAUCUUUUAGUAAAGCAAUUGUGUUGGAUAUAUAUAGUGGGUUUAUUAACAAUUUUUUGAAUGCUAUGGAAUUGGCUAAAACUGAAACCAAAAGAAAAGCAUCUCUUGCAGAAUUUUUUAAAAAUCGACAAGAAGCAUCCCAUGACCGUCUUUCGUUUUAUAGUUUAAUGGUUAAACCUGUACAACGAUUUCCACAGUUCAUUCUUUUCCUCCAGGAUUUAUUACAUAAUACAGGUUAUGGUCACCCUGAUAGAAUGUCUUUACAGUUAGCAUUAACUCAAUUGGAAUCAUUAGCGGAAAUGCUCAAUGAAAGGAAACGUGAGAGUGAGCAGGCUCAAGCAUUUAAAGAAAUGUUAAAAUCUGUGUCUAGUAAGUUAGCUGUUCGUCCAAUAGCAGACAGCAACAGAUGUCUCCUAAGACAAGAUGAUGUUACUCAAAUAGAAAUUAAUCAUGGAGAGGUCAUUGGAAAAUGUAAACCUCGACGUCUGUUAUUACUAAAUGAUUUGCUUGUAUGUGUCUCUGUCAAUAACAAAGAUGAUUCCAAUAGCACAUCUCAAAAAAGAUUAACAUUCAAAUGGAGUUUUCCAAUUGCUGAAAUUCAAGUCAUUGACACAUUGUCAUUACCUAGUGUUUCACGUUCAAUUGCUGGUAGUGCAGGAUCGCAUAAUAGUAUCACAACAGAUAAUUUAUGUAAUGAAAUGAACCAUCUAAUGCAUGAUUAUCAAGUAAUCAGUCGUAUUGUUGAAUUAGCAUCAACAUUAAAAGGCACAUAUUUGGAUCUUGCUCCAGAUAAUUUAAAAGGAGUCUUAAAUGCAAUACAGUGUGAAGUGCAAUACAAAGGAGAUCAGGUAGCAUGGAUGGAUUCUUGCUGUCUUCAGUUAUUUAUUAAUCGUCAAGGAUACACUUUUCAAAUGGAAAAUCCUGAUUUACGUAAAGGGUGGAUCACUGAAUUAAGGCUUGCACGAUUAGCUCUCGAUCCAAAUAAUUCUCCAGCUUGGGAAGUUCCUGACCAGGAGUUGAUGCGACCGAUGACAAAAAUGCCUCUAUUUGUUGGUGCUCAUCCCAUAACUUCAUCUAGUAAACAAGCAGAGGUGACUUGUGGAUGUUUUUAUUCUUCUGGCUGUGGUAAAUUUUCAUAUUUGUGGGUUUGCACUACAAAUAUUCCGAUGAAUACACAUAUAGCCAUCAUGUCUGUUAAUAAUACUUGUAUUCUAAAACAAAUUACAACAUUAGAUUUGCCACAAACUAUUGUAACUGCUAUAGAGUAUGUUAGAGCAUCUGAUACAGUUUGGAUGGGUACUAAUCAUAAAAGUAUUUUAAUUUUUAAUACCGCUGAUAUGUCGGAAGAAGCAAGUAUUUCAUUACCAGGCGAAGACGAGAGCCUCAGAGUCACAGCAAUCAAACACCAUUGUGAUACUGUUUUCGUAGCUUUAUCAAAUGGCUCAUUGUUACUUUAUAGAAGAGGUAACCAGUCCAAAGAACCAGAGAUUGUAGUAUUAGGUCCUGAUGCGCCUAUUACAUGUAUAUUACCCAUCAAUUUAUCAUUAUACGUAGCGUGUGGAAAACAAGUGUUUGUUAUGAGUGCUAUCACUGGAGAACUUCAAAAAAAUUUUACCAUUCAUCAUGGAAAGAAUGUUAACCUUUUGGCUCAUUCUGGUGUUGGACUUUGGCUUUCGUUAAUGAAUUCAACAACUGUUUGUUUGUACCAUACUGAAACAUUUAAACAUUUACAGGAUAUUAAUAUUGCAUCAAAUGUUAUAAGAUUAAAAGGCACUGCUACACCAGUUAAUGUUACUGCACUGAUGGCUUGUAAAGGCCUUCUGUGGGUUGGAACUGAUGCUGGUAUUAGCUUAACGGUUCCAUUACCUCGUUUAGAAGGCGUACCUAUAAUCAGUGGCAAAGUAAAUGUAUCUUAUCAUGGGCAUACUGGUCCGAUAUCUAUUUUGGUGCCAUUACAAGAUCCACCUACUGUUUUGAAACGCCCACCUUCAAAAACAUUAGCUAGUGAUAUUUAUGAUCUAUAUGGUCGUUUAAUGUGUGUCAAGGAUUAUGAUAAAAAUGAAGAUGUUUUAAAUUCAAGUCGAUGGUCUUUGCGGUCAACUGAUGAAUCAUCAGCAGUACAACAUGCAAGAUCGUCAGAUGUAUCAAAAAAAGAUUUUACUUUAGUGACAGUGUCUUGUGGACGUGGUUAUGUCAAUUAUCAGCAACCGUGUUGUUCAACCAUUGAAAAUAAUGCCUAUAUAAUACUUUGGGAGAUUAAGUUAUAAAUGUAAGUAGGUAAUGGUAAUUUAAUUUUAAGAGUUAUUGAAUUGUAGGUAACUCUAAACUCGUUAUCUUUAACCUACAGGGUGUUUCUGAAAUUGCUAAUGUAAUAUUUUAGAACAUAUAACUAUUGUAAAAACAAUUAAAAGCUAAUUAAAUUCACCUACGUAAUCAACUACUUAAAAAUUAACAAUAAAUAAAUUAAUAAUUAUUAUUAUUAUUAUACAUUGAAUAUUGUGCUAAAUUAAAAAAUAACUAAUAUUCAAAACUAAUCUUGGCUUUUAAAAAAAAAAAAAAAAAAAAUUCCAAAUUCUAUUAUUUACUUUUAUGUUUUUUAAAUAAAUAUAUACUAACAUAUUUCAUGAAACACCUUUUUGAAGCCAAAUGACCAUUUUAUCUUGCCAAAUCAAAACAUUCUUCUUCCUUAGAGCUGUAUACUGUAGCUGUAAAUAGUAUUAAUAAUACAUAAUUAUAAGUAUUAAAUUAAAAUAUUGUUGUGAAAAGAGUGAUUUUUUUUAUUUUCUUAAUUACUUGAGUAAUGAACCUUUUUGACUAUGAUUUUGAUUUUUCAUCUUAUAAUAAAAUUAUAUAUUCUAAUAUUGUCUAUGUUUAAAAAAUAUGUGAUAGUUAUCUUCUAUGUAUAUUCUGAAAAUAAUUAUGACAAAAUAUAAACAGACAAUUAGUACAACAUGUUCCUUUCAACUUUCAUUACAUUUUAAACAAUCAGUGUUUAUCACUUAAUAUUACCUAACUUUUUUUUUUCAUGUACAUUCUCCUUCAUAAUCAGUCUUUUAGUACUAUUUAUUAAUAAUUAUUUUAGUUAAAUUAAUACUUUAAUAUUUUUAGUCGCUCAAUAAUUAAUUUUUAUUCCACAAUUAUUACUUUUAUUAUUAUUAACUUUCUAUGUAUUACUUAAACAAUUCUAAUGCCGUGAAUUUGUUGAUUAUAAAUAGUUAUAGUUAAUAUAUAAUUAUAGUAUUUAAGAUAGUAUUUAUUAUUGUAUUUGUAUACAAUUAAUAACAUCAUUUUAUAUGUGCUGUGGAAUGAUUUUGAAAAAAUUAUUAAUGUAUACGUUGCAAUAAUAAAAAAAACCAUACAAAUUUGAAAUUGGUAGAUAAUUUGAAUAGAAUAUUAUUGUAUGGCAAUCCAUAGUUAUUAAAUUAUGUAUUAUGCAUGAAUUUCCAGUAUUACACUAACACCCAAGCACAUUUUUCCCAAUUUAAAUACUUGAAAUUAGUAAUGUGAAGUAUUAACCAAUUUUUUAUAUCUUUACAUCUUCUUUCAAACAAACUAUUUAUUUUUGUUGAUAAUAUUUAAUGAUUCAAUGACAAUUGUCAGUAUUCUAUGUUACUUUAAAAUGUACACAUUAAUUUUAUUUAUAAUUCAUGCAUUUUAUUUGGUUUAUGAUUGCUCACUACUCUUUUAAUUGAAUCUCUAUACUAUAUUUGUAUCAGUUUAUGAUCAAAAACACUAUAAUAUUCUCAAAUUUUUUAGAACGUUUAUAGCAAUAUUAUUUAUUUAAGGCUUAAAAAUUGCCAUCGGAUGACUAGUAUUAUUAGUUUUUAAUGUAAUAUUUUUACCGGUGUCUAUUUUAAUACAACCUUGUUGCUCCUCAUUGCUACUUGUACCUUCAACUCAUUUAAGCCCUCGAAGAAACAAAAAUAUAAUAUAAUAUAUAGUGUAUAAGUUUUACCCAUGUUUAAUACUGUGAUAUUCUUAUUACAAUUCACCCAAAUGCUUUAAAAUCAUUUUAAUAUAUAUUAAAUAUAUUGUAAUAUUAUCAUAGGUGAUAGAUAAUAACUUAAAGUUUUGUAUUAUUUUUUAUUAUUAUACCUAUUUAUCUAAGGCGUUGACAAACUGUAGUUUACGGUAUUAGUAUUACACCUGAUACACAUUUGUCACUUACUAUUAGUGCAUAAUAAUAAUAUUACAUAUAUUUUAUAUAUUUAUAUAUAAAUGAUUUGUGUUUCUUCCUAGAUACUGCGCCAAACUUUUAGUUUUAUUUAAGUAAUAAAUUAAUUACAAAAACAUACACAAACAUAUAUAUUUAUAUAAUAUAUAUUAACAUGAUAUAUUUAGUCAAUUAAGUACAAAAUAAGAAAAAUAUACACAAACACAAGUGCACAUACACAAAUAUGCUAUCGUAAACAGAAAAUCGCAAUUUUAACGCUAGUUCGCUAGUAGCUGUAGAAGUUUUACGAUGGUUAACUUAUGUAUUAAUUGUUAAACUUAAAAAAAAUAUAAUAUUAUGUUCUCUCUAUUCGUUACUAAUCAGUAUAAUAUGUUAAUAUGUUUUAAAACUAAUUUAUACCCUCACACAUUUAUUGUCAAUUUAUAUUGUAUAAUAAUAAUAUUAAAAAAUAGUGUUUGCUCGGUAUUUCUGUAUACACACAACGCAACAGUACCUGUAAUUGCUUAUAUAAAAAAAAAAAAUCGAUUAUGUAUUAUUACUACUAUUAUUACCACUAAUGUUACACGGUGAAUUAUGUUUACAUUUAUUAUAACUGUUUGUAUUUAAAUGAUUACCUCUCGCGCUGCUGCAAAAGAAUGGUAUUUUGAGAUUUGUAUUUGUAUUUUAUUUUUAUCGCUUUUUAUACAAACAUUUUAUUUGUUUUCCUUUUGUUUAUCCGUCUUGAAAAAAGAUUAUAUAUAUUAUUUUAUAUUAUAUUUUUAUUACAAUACUCCCAUUAUAUUACUAUAUUUCUAUUAUGUAGUACAUAAUUUAAUACAAUAUGUACUAAUUUUAAUGUCUAUUUGAACGAGCUGUGUCUACUAUGUAUAUCAAAGUCGAGAAUCGAAAUUUUUAAUCAUAUAUUAUAACAGUAUACCUAUAUAUAUAUUUUUUUUUUUACGUCAAUAUGAUAUGUUAUAAUUAUUGAACGUGGUUGUAAUAUUGUAUACACUAUACAUGAUUAUAAUUUAAACCAACUUAGUUUUAAACGAUUUUAUUUGUAAAAAGAAAUUCUUUUGUAUUUUGUGUAAAAAAAAAAAGAAUAAAUAUAUGUUUUUUCCUUUAAA